AGCUAGCAUGGCUUGAUCUCAGCUAACGUGCAAGGUAGCAGUUUGUGUGUCGCCCAGCGGCGCACAUACACCUUCCGAGCAUGGACUGCUACACACAAACCGCCUCAAAAGUGGACUAAUAAAAAAAACAAACUUCAUCGACAAACUUAUUUUGGGAUGCCCGAAUAGUAAGAUGUCAUGGUGAGAGCAGCCAUGUCAGAGGAGGCAGUGCGUCAAACACGCAGCCAGAAGCGGGCUCUGGAGAAGGACCAUGCAUCUCCCACUGGGUCCCCUGGGGACAUAGAUGGCAAAAGGGUUAAACUGGAGAUGGGAGAUGCAGCUGAUGCUCCUCUGGCCCUGAUGGGAUCUGAAGAUGAGGGUGUCAAGCUAAAGAAUGAACAGGCUGCAAAGGUAGCAGCCAGUAUCCUGAAGGCUGGAGAGGUGAAGGCAACCAUCAAGGUGGAGGUGCAGACUGGAGACGAGCCUGUUGAUAUGAGCACGUCCAAAAGUAACAUUAAGAAAGAGCGGCCGCCUCCAUCACCAGAUGAUGUGAUUGUGUUAUCAGACAACGAGCCAUCCAGUCCACUCAUGAAUGGUCACAGCUUCACAAAGACUGACACAGAUACACUUAUGAAGAGUUCUCCUGAGGAGAGGGAACGCGUAAUCAAACAGCUGAAGGAAGAACUGAGACUGCAAGAGGCCAAGCUAGUUCUGCUAAAGAAACUACGACAGAGCCAGAUCCAGAAGGAGAGCAAUGCACAUAAGGCAACUGGCUCAGUAGCUACUCCUCCUCCUUUGGUGAGAGGAAGCAUCACAUCAAGCAAAGGACCCCUCCAGGUGACUGGUCGGAGCUCAGGCACAGUGAUCCCUCCUCCGUUGGUGAGGGGAGGGCAGCAUGUCCCGUCCAAACACAACUCUCAGAUUGUCAUGCCACCUCUGGUGAGAGGAGCCCCGCCUAUUGCAGUUACUCCUCAGCAAAUCGCCAGUCUACGUCAACAACAGCAGCAGCACAGUGGUUCUGGCCCGCCUCCACUUUUGCUCGCUCCUAGGGCCUCUGUGCCUAAUGUCCAGGUCCAGGGUCAGAGGAUCAUUCAGCAGGGACUCAUUCGGGUGGCUAAUGUGGCCAACAGUAAUAUUAUGGUUAACAUCUCUCAGGCCUCUCCAUCCAGCCUUAAGGGAUCCUCAGCGUCACCUAACUCCAGCAUUAAUGACUCUCCAGCCAGCCGGCAGGCAGCUGCCAAGCUGGCACUGCGGAAGCAGCUGGAGAAAACGCUUCUGGAGAUUCCUCCACCCAAACCCCCUGCCCCAGACUUCAACUUCUUGCCCUCAGCAGCUAAUAAUGAGUUUAUCUACUUGUUGGGGUUAGAGGAAGUGGUGCAAACGCUUCUGGAGAUGCACGGCAGGGGCAAUCUUGGCCCAGCUGCUGCACUGGCCAGCUCCAUUCCCAAAGAGCCAUACACCUGUGCCCAGUGUAAGACAGACUUUACCUCCCGUUGGAGAAAAGAGAAGGCCGGGGCCAUCUUCUGUGACCAAUGCAUGUCAUCCAAUCAGAAAAAGGUCUUGAAAGCAGAGCACACCAGUCGCCUGAAAGCAGCUUUUGUGAAGGCACUUCAACAGGAGCAGGAGAUUGACCAGCGUAUCCUCCAGCAGGCAGCCUCUUCCUCCUCCAUCUCGAAAACCACCUCGUCAUCCUCCCCGUCUCUGUCUAAGAGUGACAUGCUGAUUUCCCAGACGUACAAGCAGGCCAGUGCUGCCAUGCACAGAUCUAUUACUGCCCACCAUGCUUCCAUUAAGCAGAAUCAGCUGUCGCACAGCCUCCAGUCCGCAGUGAGGUCUCGCGGUGUGGUCCACACAUUCCCCUCCUCUCAGCUGCAGAGCUCUGUGACUGCAGCAGCGUUGGGCAGCAGGGCAGGUAAGCAUGCUGCAGCACGCCCUCUGCAGCACGGGCCAAAGGUCGGCGCCGGUAGCAGCAGCAGCACUAACCAGGGCAACGUGGCUGCCUGGAGGAAGCAGAACAGCGCCAAUACAGGUGUAUCUAUGGCCUACGUGAACCCCAGCUUGUCUGCCCAUAAGACCACCUCUGCUGUGGAGCGUCAGCGGGAAUACCUGCUGGACAUGAUUCCCUCCCGUUCGAUCUCCCAAGCAGCCAACACAUGGAAAUAAUGCAAUCUUAUUCUUUUACCAUAACUAUUAUCCCUCUUAAUAUCAAUAACAGCCAUUUUCAUUAUCAUUCUAAUCCUUUCUAUGGACUUCUAUGCCUCUGGCUAAAAUGGUGCAGGGGAUGGUCAGCCUAUUUUCUCCCCCCCCCCCCCCCCCCCCCCCCUUUUUUGUUGGAUGGAUAUGUUUCCUCCAUGACCUCCACCGAUUCUUCUGCUUAUACCUUCCUGCAUCCCAGUUUGGAGUCUGUGCUGUGGCACCUUGGGACUCUGGGAUUCAAGGAGAUUGUCGAAUAGAACUUCGGGUAUCUUUUCUGAGGGCUGGAUGUAACACGGGCGCAGACGAUUUUCCGAACUUCUCCAGUGAUGCUGCCUCACCCUCCAUUUGCAUAGGUUUAGCCUCCCAGUUGUACCAAGCGAAAGUAGCCACACAAUUCUUGAGCUCAUCUGCCUCUGGAUUAGGCAGGGAAUAAAUAAUACUCCCUGAUAUACACAGUAAAAUAUUUGCCUUACAUCCUGACCCUCUCCAGUCUGAGCCAGUCAGACUCAGGCCCACGUGGUGGCUGAACUGAACUUAACUUAAAAACCUCAUCCCAGGGAUUAUGGUUGAGCUUCAAGGACCAUCCACAAAAAUAACUGCUUCAGCUUUGCAAAAAUGAAAAAAAAAAAAGGACUGUAAAAAAUAAUGUGCACACAGACUGCCUCUUCUUCUCUCGAACGUACACCGUGUAUGAUAGAGAAGUCGAUGCGCGUUGGAUUCUUUUGUAAGGCUGAAUGUUAGGAUUUUGUCAUUUCUUCUGUAAGUCAUAUACUGUGUUUGAAAUAUUGAAUAUUGUGCUCCCUUAUACUUUGGAAGUGGCCUCUUGUUGAGGUCUGAAUUUACAGGCUAAUGUUACUGUUGAGGUGGUUUUACAUCUGCUGGGUUCCAUGUCGCAGCCUACUUUUAAAUACUUUGUUUUUUCUAAGAUGAAGAAUAAGAUUAAAGUGUAAGGUUUCACUGACUCAUGUAAAAAAAAAUACGGAGUAUAUGUUUGGAGGACUAUUCUUCUUUAAAACAAAACAAAAAAAAAACCUUCCAAAGAACUAGUGGAGCCCAAAUGGAAUCCCUUCUGCUAGAAGGUUUCUAGUUUAUUUGAGCCCUCUCUGGAUAUAAACAUGAAUUCAUGCUAAACUGAGGGGGUGUAAGGAAUGUCGGAUUUUUGACAUUGUUUUGCUUUUAGUCAUAGGUUGUGGUGCAUUUUUUUUUUCUUCUAUAGACAAACUGUCUGGGUUUAUUUAUAGGGUCAUGUUAGUAAAGAUAUAUGCUAAUGCCCUGAGUUUGAAUGGAUCUCUACAUAAACAGAUUCGUUUUGUGUGUCCAGGGUUUCCUGCUCACCCCGCGGUUGGUCAGAGAGAGAAGCUGGACACCUUUCAGAAUGUAGUUAUGCAAAAACCCUUAUAGCAACAAACUACACAAACUUCUUAGUCUUUAACAUCAAGGUGUAUGAUUUAUGUCAGGUCCUUGAAUUGAGCUAACUAUGCCUUUCACAUGAGCUACAGUGUAUUUCUAUCACAUAGCAGCAGCACAGGAUAAGCUAGUGAUGUUCAUUCUGUCCCACAGUAAACGUUGCACACCGGGUUGCAUUGUUUUGCGACUCUGUGCUGUUGUCUUUGAUUUCAGUUAACGGGGUGGCGUUGUAUUAAGUGGAAAAUGUCUCUAAAUGAAAAAUGUUUAGGGCCCAGAACAAGCCGAUUGUUUUCAUGUGUGACUUGUUGAAAUUGGUUGAACCCUGUAUGAAGACAUCGUGACCAGGGAGGGAUAUAAUGAUAAUUAACAAUGGUGAAAAGAAAACGAGGAAAGUAAAGUAUGGAUAUUUAGUAAACACUUUUCUUAAACUGACAAGCAGCAAAACCACCCCUCCCAGCUGUUAUUAUUUUUUAAUCUUUUUCACAUUCAAACAAUAAUUAUUUUUCCAUCACUGUGUAAUUACAGACCUGGAGUCUUGCUGCUCUGUUUUCUCAGUCUUGGAUUUCCUGAUACAUCCAUGAUGAGAUGUGCUAAUGUGACAUAGUGAGGAUUUAUGUCCAGUAACCAGAAUGCACUCACUGACCAGCAUCAAGGGCAUCAGCUGACGCGUAUCCCUUUGUCCUGGGGUAACAUCGCUGCACACUGGGGUUCCAUUUUAGGACAGUGCAAUCCAAAUCGCUCGAGAUUUAAUGUUUCAGUGUCUCAACGUAGCGUUGGAAAUCUUUCCUGACGGGCAGACAGUAGCAGCUCGCGUCUUGUGGAUGCAAAAAAUAAACAAAAAUGGUAUGAGCCCGUCGUUUUCUCUCCUGCUAAGUGUAACCCUGUGCUGUCUGUGACUACUUCCUGCUGCUGCAGCUGUUUGACAACAAUAUCACCAUUCCGUAUGUUUGGGUCAAAAUGCUGCCAUAAAAGCAGUGCACCCCGAAUGGAAAAGAAAACAAAUGUAUGAGAAUUUUUUUAAAAUUUUUUCUGCUCUAUCAAAUAAUAAUAAAAACUAAUUUUAACCCCU